AUGGCAACAUCCACUGUUGCUUCCACCACUGUGUCCACACCCACAAGUCCAGAGGGCACCACCUCGACUGUGCAGACCACAUCUCAGCCUGAGGCUACUUCUUCAGCCUCUUCAUCUUGGCCAGGGACGUCUCCACGUGUGACAACCUCCACAAUCCUGUUGACCACAGUCGAAAGCUCCAGCCUAAAGACUUCAGCCACCUCUCCAGUCCAAUCCAGCACUACGGUCAUAUCCACUCGUGACAAGGCCACCAGAGAAGGGACAGCAACAACGGUGACCCCUGAGGUGCGUGCAGAAGCAUCAUCCAGUGCUCCUGGGACAAGCCCAACUUCUACCACCACUUUUACUCUUCCUCGGAGCUCUACUGGUGUGAGCACUCCUCCAUCUCUCAAAACUGGAGCCACCACCAGCAGCGUAUUAGAGACAGCCUCCUCAGCUGCUGCUCUGGGAACAUCCACUGUUGCUUCCACCACUGUGUCCACACCCACAAGUCCAGAGGGCACCACCUCGACUGUGCAGACCACAUCUCAGCCUGAGUCCAGAACUUCAGCCUCUUCAUCUUGGCCAGAGACGUCUCCACAUGUGACAACCUCCACAAUCCUGUCGACCACAGCCGAAAGCUCCAGCCUAAAGACUUCAGCCACCACUCCAAUCCAAUCUGAGCUGCCUGAGACACCCACUCGUGACAAGGCCACCAGAGAAGGGACAGCAACAACGGUGAAGCCUGAGGUGCGUGCAGAAGCAUCAUCCAGUGCUCCUGGGACUAGACCAACUUCUGCCACCACUUUUAUUCUUCCUCGGAGCUCUACUGCCGAAAGCUCCAGCCUAAAGACUUCAGCCACCUCUACAGUCCAAUCCAGCACUACGGUGAUAUCCACUCGUGACAAGGCCACCAGAGAAGGGACAGCAACAACGGUGAACCCUGAGGUGCGUGCAGAAGCAUCAUCCAGUGCUCCUGGGACAAGCCCAACUUCUGCCACCACUUUUACUCUUCCUCGGAGCUCUACUGGUGAGACCGAAAGCUCCAGCCUAAAGACUUCUGCCACCACUCCAAUCCAAUCUGAGCUGCCUGAGACAACUACUCGUGACAAGGCCACCAGAGAAGGGACAGCAACAACGGUGAAGCCUGAGGAGCUCUACUGGGACGUCUCCACGUGUGACAACCUCCACAAUCCUGUCGACCACAGCCGAAAGCUCCAGCCUAAAGACUUCAGCCACCUCUACAGUCCAAUCCAGCACUACGCCGAAAGCUCCAGCCUAAAGACUUCUGCCACCACUCCAAUCCAAUCUGAGCUGCCUGAGACAACUACUCGUGACAAGGCCACCAGAGAAGGGACAGCAACAACGGUGAACCCUGAGAACUUCAGCCUCUUCAUCUUGGCCAGAGAGCUCUCCACGUGUGACAACCUCCACAAUCCUGUCGACCACAGCCGAAAGCUCCAGCCUAAAGACUUCAACCACCUCUACAGUCCAAUCCAGCACUACGGUGAUAUCCACUCGGACGUCUCCACGUGUGACAACCUCCACAAUCCUGUCGACCACAGCCGAAAGCUCCAGCCUAAAGACUUCUGCCACCUCUCCAGUCCAAUCCAGCACUACGGUGAUAUCCACUCGGACGUCUCCACGUGUGACAACCUCCACAAUCCUGUCGACCACAGCCGAAAGCUCCAGCCUAAAGACUUCAGCCACCUCUACAGUCCAAUCCAGCACUACGCCGAAAGCUCCAGCCUAAAGACUUCUGCCACCACUCCAAUCCAAUCUGAGCUGCCUGAGACACCCACUCGUGACAAGGCCACCAGAGAAGGGACAGCAACAACGGUGAAGCCUGAGAACUUCAGCCUCUUCAUCUUGGCCAGAGAGCUCGCCACGUGUGACAACCUCCACAAUCCUGUCGACCACAGCCGAAAGCUCCAGCCUAAAGACUUCAACCACCUCUACAGUCCAAUCCAGCACUACGGUGAUAUCCACUCCCUCUUCAUCUUGGCCAGAGACGUCUCCACGUGUGACAACCUCCACAAUCCUGUCGACCACAGCCGAAAGCUCCAGCCUAAAGUCUUCAGCCACCACUCCAAUCCAAUCCAGCACUACGGUCAUAUCCACUCAAGCAUCAUCUACUGCUCCUGGGACAAGCCCAACUUCUACCACCACUUUUACUCUUCCUCGGAGCUCUACUGGGACGUCUCCACGUGUGACAACCUCCACAAUCCUGUCGACCACAGCCGAAAGCUCCAGCCUAAAGACUUCAGCCACCUCUACAGUCCAAUCCAGCACUACGCCGAAAGCUCCAGCCUAAAGACUUCUGCCACCACUCCAAUCCAAUCUGAGCUGCCUGAGACAACUACUCGUGACAAGGCCACCAGAGAAGGGACAGCAACAACGGUGAACCCUGAGGUGCGUGCAGAAGCAUCAUCCAGUGCUCCUGGGACUAGACCAACUUCUGCCACCACUUUUACUCUUCCUCGGAGCUCUACUGCCGAAAGCUCCAGCCUAAAGACUUCAACCACCUCUACAGUCCAAUCCAGCACUACGGUGAUAUCCACUCGUGACAAGGCCACCAGAGAAGGGACAGCAACAACGGUGACCCCUGAGGUGCGUGCAGAAGCAUCAUCCACUGCUCCUGGGACAAGCCCAACUUCUACCACCACUUUUACUCUUCCUCGGAGCUCUACUGGUGUGAGCACUCCUCCAUCUCUCACCACAACUGGAGCCACCACCAGCAGCCUAUUAGAGACAGGCUCCUCAGCUGCUGCUCUGGGAACAUCCACUGUUGCUUCCACCACUGUGUCCACACCCACAAGUCCAGAGGGCACCACCUCGACCGUGCAGACCACAUCUCAGCCUGAGUCCAGAACUUCAGCCUCUUCAUCUUGGCCAGGGACGUCUCCACAUGUGACAACCUCCACAAUCCUGUCGACCACAGCCGAAAGCUCCAGCCUAAAGACUUCAGCCACCACUCCAAUCCAAUCUGAGCUGCCUGAGACACCCACUCGUGACAAGGCCACCAGAGAAGGGACAGCAACAACGGUGACCCCUGAGGUGCGUGCAGAAGCAUCAUCCACAGCUCCUGGGACUAUACCAACUUCUGCCACCACUUUUACUCUUCCUAGGAGCUCUACUGGUGAGAGCACUCCUCCAUCUCUCACCACAACUGGAGCCACCACCAGCAGCCUAUUAGAGACAGGCUCCUCAGCUGCUGCUCUGGGAACAUCCACUGUUGCUUCCACCACUGUGUCCACACCCACAAGUCCAGAGGGCACCACCUCGACUGUGCAGACCACAUCUCAGCCUGAGUCCAGAACUUCAGCCUCUUCAUCUUGGCCAGAGAUGUCUCCACAUGUGACAACCUCCACAAUCCUGUCGACCACAGCCGAAAGCUCCAGCCUAAAGACUUCAGCCACCACUCCAAUCCAGUCUGAGCUGCCUGAGACACCCACUCGUGACAAGGCCACCAGAGAAGGGACAGCAACAACGGUGAAGACUGAGGUGCGUGCAGAAGCAUCAUCCAGUGCUCCUGGGACAAGCCCAACUUCUGCCACCACUUUUACUCUUCCUCGGAGCUCUACUGCCGAAAGCUCCAGCCUAAAGACUUCAGCCACCACUCCAAUCCAAUCUGAGCUGCCUGAGACACCCACUCAUGACAAGGCCACCAGAGAAGGGACAGCAACAACGGUGACCCCUGAGGUGCGUGCAGAAGCAUCAUCCACAGCUCCUGGGACUAUACCAACUUCUGCCACCACUUUUACUCUUCCUAGGAGCUCUACUGCCGAAAGCUCCAGCCUAAUGUCUUCAGCCACCUCUCCAGUCCAAUCCAGCACUACGGUGAUAUCCACUCGUGACAAGGCCACCAGAGAAGGGACAGCAACAACGGUGACCCCUGAGGAGCUCUACUGCCUCUUCAUCUUGGCCAGAGACGUCUCCACGUGUGACAACCUCCACAAUCCUGUCGACCACAGCCGAAAGCUCCAGCCUAAAGUCUUCAGCCACCACUCCAAUCCAAUCCAGCACUACGCCGAAAGCUCCAGCCUAAAGACUUCUGCCACCACUCCAAUCCAAUCUGAGCUGCCUGAGACAACUACUCGUGACAAGGCCACCAGAGAAGGGACAGCAACAACGGUGAAGCCUGAGAACUUCAGCCUCUUCAUCUUGGCCAGAGAGCUCUCCACGUGUGACAACCUCCACAAUCCUGUCGACCACAGCCGAAAGCUCCAGCCUAAAGACUUCAACCACCUCUACAGUCCAAUCCAGCACUACGGUGAUAUCCACUCAGACGUCUCCACGUGUGACAACCUCCACAAUCCUGUCGACCACAGCCGAAAGCUCCAGCCUAAUGUCUUCAGCCACCUCUCCAGUCCAAUCCAGCACUACGGUGAUAUCCACUCCCUCUUCAUCUUGGCCAGAGACGUCUCCACGUGUGACAACCUCCACAAUCCUGUCGACCACAGCCGAAAGCUCCAGCCUAAAUUCUUCAGCCACCACUCCAAUCCAAUCCAGCACUACGGUGAUAUCCACUCAAGCAUCAUCUACUGCUCCUGGGACAAGCCCAACUUCUACCACCACUUUUACUCUUCCUCGGAGCUCUACUGGUCCGAAAGCUCCAGCCUAAAGACUUCAGCCACCACUCCAAUCCAAUCUGAGCUGCCUGAGACACCCACUCGUGACAAGGCCACCAGAGAAGGGACAGCAACAACGGUGAACCCUGAGGUGCGUGCAGAAGCAUCAUCCACAGCUCCUGGGACUAUACCAACUUCUGCCACCACUUUUACUCUUCCUAGGAGCUCUACUGCCGAAAGCUCCAGCCGAAAGACUUCAGCCACCACUCCAAUCCAAUCUGAGGUGCCUGAGACACCCACUCGUGACAAGGCCACCAGAGAAGGGACAGCAACAACGGUGAAGCCUGAGGAGCUCUACUGCCUCUUCAUCUUGGCCAGAGACGUCUCCACGUGUGACAACCUCCACAAUCCUGUCGACCACAGCCGAAAGCUCCAGCCUAAAGUCUUCAGCCACCACUCCAAUCCAAUCCAGCACUACGGUCAUAUCCACUCAAGCAUCAUCUACUGCUCCUGGGACAAGCCCAACUUCUACCACCACUUUUACUCUUCCUCGGAGCUCUACUGGUCCGAAAGCUCCAGCCUAAAGACUUCAGCCACCACUCCAAUCCAAUCUGAGCUGCCUGAGACACCCACUUGUGACAAGGCCACCAGAGAAGGGACAGCAACAACGGUGACCCCUGAGGUGCGUGCAGAAGCAUCAUCCACAGCUCCUGGGACUAUACCAACUUCUGCCACCACUUUUACUCUUCCUAGGAGCUCUACUGCUAAAAGCUCCAGCCUAAAGACUUCAGCCACCUCUCCAAUCCAGUCCAGCACUAUGGUGAUAUCCACUCGUGACAAGGCCACCAGAGAAGGGACAGCAACAACGGUGAGCCCUGAGGAAUUCUCCACCACGGCUGCACAGUCCACAUCGUGUCCCAAGUCUACUGCUCCAGCCUCUACCACCAGAGCAGAGACGUCUCCAUUUGAGACAGCCUCCACAGUCAUCUCGACAGCGGAACAAACCUCCAAACGAGAGACUUCAGCCAGCACAACAACGCAAUCCAGCCCCACUGAGAGUUCCAUGCAUCAGCAGGUCAGCACUGCAGCUACAGAGGCACCAACCAUGAGCACCACUGGCCUUGCCCAAAUGGUGUCCUCUUCUCCUGGGUCAAGACCAACCUCUGCCACCACUUCUGCUCUUCUUCUGAGCUCUACCCUGGAGAUCACUUCCCCAACCCUCAUCACAACUACACCCACCACCAGCACUAUUCUUGAGACAACCUCCACAGGUGCUGGUCUGACCACAUCACGCAUUGAGUCCACCACUGUCUCCAGCACCACAAGGCCAGAAGGCACCACCGCAACUGUGCAGACCACAGCUGAAGCUGAGGUUACGGCUUCAGUCUCUUCAGCUCGGCCGGAGACGUCUCCACACGUGACAACCUCCACAGUGCUGCCGACCACAUCCGAAAGCUCCAGCUUCAUGACUUUAGCCACCACUCCAAUCCAAUCCAGCCCUGCUGGAACAACGCCUCUUGCCUAUGUACCCAUCCCUGUGACAAAGAUAAGAGCCAAGACCACCACUGGCUUUGCACAAACGGCCUCCUCUGCCUCUGGGACAAGAGCAACUUCUGCCACCACUUCUGGUCUUCCUCUGAGCUCUACUCUGGAGAUCACUUCCUCAACUUUCACCACAACUACACCUACCAGUAGUGUUCUUGAGACAACCUCCUCAGCUGCUGGUCUGGGCACAUCCCUCGCUGAGUCCACCUUGGUGUCCACCACCACCACUCCCACCCAGCCACCAACAACGACAGCUGCUGCCCUUCAGCGUUUCACCGUCAACUUCACCAUCACCAACCUCCCCUACACUUCUGACCUGGAGAAUCCUGACUCGGCCAAGUUCAGAGCUACAAAAAGGGUUAUGAACACCCUGCUGGACCGCCUGCUGAAGGAAAGCAGCAUUGGUCCCGCGUUCCAAGGAUGUGAAGCAACAGAUUUCAGGUGGACAGAAGGGGCCAACCAUAAGACACAGAGAGAUUUUGGGAAGUCAGAACAUGAAUUUCAACACAGGAAUGGCAAAGAAGGCCUGGGACCCAGCGAUGAACAGAGAACAUACAGAGUGGGACUUCUAAGGGAGGUCUCUGUGUUUUGCAGGCGGGGCAGCCACAGGGACGAGACCCGGGUGGACGCCGUGUGCAGCUACAGCAAGGAGCCCUCGGCUGCGCCUCUGGACAGGGUGGGGCUGUACCACCAAGUGAGCAACAAGACCAGAGGCAUCACCCAGCUGGGCCCCUACAGCCUGGACAAGGACAGCCUCUACGUCAACGGCUACAACGAGCAGCCAGUGCUGACCACUCCCAGCCAGCCACCAACAACGACAGCUGCUGCCCUUGAGCGUUUCACCGUCAACUUCACCAUCACCAACCUCCCCUACACUUCUGACCUGGAGAAUCCUGACUCGGCCAAGUUCAGAGCUACAAAAAGGGUUAUGAACAUGCUGCUGGACCGCCUGCUGAAGGAAAGCAGCAUUGGCCCUGUUUUCCAUGGAUGUGAAGCAGCAGACUUCAGGCGGGGCAGCCACAGGGACGAGACCCGGGUGGACGCCGUGUGCAGCUACAGCAAGGAGCCCUCGGCUGCGCCUCUGGACAGGGUGGGGCUGUACCACCAAGUGAGCAACAAGACCAGAGGCAUCACCCAGCUGGGCCCCUACAGCCUGGACAAGGACAGCCUCUACGUCAACGGCUACAACGAGCAGCCAGUGCUGACCACUCCCACCCAGCCACCAACAACGACAGCUGCUGCCCUUGAGCGUUUCACCGUCAACUUCACCAUCACCAACCUCCCCUACACUUCUGACCUGGAGAAUCCUGACUCGGCCAAGUUCAGAGCUACAAAAAGGGUUAUGAACAUGCUGCUGGACCGCCUGCUGAAGGAAAGCAGCAUUGGCCCUGUUUUCCAUGGAUGUGAAGCAGCAGACUUCAGGCGGGGCAGCCACAGGGACGAGACCCGGGUGGACGCCGUGUGCAGCUACAGCAAGGAGCCCUCGGCUGCGCCGCUGGACAGGGUGGGGCUGUACCACCAAGUGAGCAACAAGACCAGAGGCAUCACCCAGCUGGGCCCCUACAGCCUGGACAAGGACAGCCUCUAUGUCAACGGCUACAACGAGCAGCCAGUGCUGACCACUCCCAGCCAGCCACCAACAACGACAGCUGCUGCCCUUGAGCGUUUCACCGUCAACUUCACCAUCACCAACCUCCCCUACACUUCUGACCUGGAGAAUCCUGACUCGGCCAAGUUCAGAGAUACUCAGAGCAUUAUGAAGACUCUGAGGCAGAAGAGGAGGCUCAAGGAGGUCUCUGUGUUUUGCAGGCCUGGCAGCCACAGGGACGAGACCCGGGUGGACGCCGUGUGCAGCUACAGCAAGGAGCCCUCGGCUGCGCCUCUGGACAGGGUGGGGCUGUACCACCAAGUGAGCAACAAGACCAGAGGCAUCACCCAGCUGGGCCCCUACAGCCUGGACAAGGACAGCCUCUACGUCAACGGCUACAACGAGCAGCCAGUGCUGACCACUCCCACCCAGCCACCAACAACGACAGCUGCUGCCCUUGAGCGUUUCACCGUCAACUUCACCAUCACCAACCUCCCCUACACUUCUGACCUGGAGAAUCCUGACUCGGCCAAGUUCAGAGCUACAAAAAGGGUUAUGAACAUGAUGGGAAACCUCUUUCCUUGGCAGCUGGACCGCCUGCUGAAGGAAAGCAGCAUUGGCCCUGUUUUCCAAGGAUGUGAAACAACUGACUUCAGGCCUGGCAGCCACAGGGACGAGACCCGGGUGGACGCCGUGUGCAGCUACAGCAAGGAGCCCUCGGCUGCGCCUCUGGACAGGGUGGGGCUGUACCACCAAGUGAGCAACAAGACCAGAGGCAUCACCCAGCUGGGCCCCUACAGCCUGGACAAGGACAGCCUCUAUGUCAACGGCUACAACGAGCAGCCAGUGCUGACCACUCCCAGCCAGCCAUCAACAAUGACAGCUGCUGCCCUUGAGCGUUUCACCGUCAACUUCACCAUCACCAACCUCCCCUACACUUCUGACCUGGAGAAUCCUGACUCGGCCAAGUUCAGAGCUACAAAAAGGGUUAUGAACAUGCUGCUGGACCGCCUGCUGAAGGAAAGCAGCAUUGGCCCUGUUUUCCAUGGAUGUGAAGCAGCAGACUUCAGGCGGGGCAGCCACAGGGACGAGACCCGGGUGGACGCCGUGUGCAGCUACAGCAAGGAGCCCUCGGCUGCGCCUCUGGACAGGGUGGGGCUGUACCACCAAGUGAGCAACAAGACCAGAGGCAUCACCCAGCUGGGCCCCUACAGCCUGGACAAGGACAGCCUCUACGUCAACGGCUACAACGAGCAGCCAGUGCUGACCACUCCCAGCCAGCCACCAACAACGACAGCUGCUGCCCUUGAGCGUUUCACCGUCAACUUCACCAUCACCAACCUCCCCUACACUUCUGACCUGGAGAAUCCUGACUCGGCCAAGUUCAGAGAUACUCAGAGCAUUAUGAAGACUCUGCUUGACAGCCUCAUGAAGGAAAGCAGCAUUGGCCCCGCCUUCCAUGGAUGUGAGACAACAGAUUUCAGGUAUGAGUGGCCCUCCAGUGCUCCUCUGCAGUGCCCUCACAUACAUAAGAGAACCAGUCAUGGUCAUGUUCUCCUCUUUUAUGGAGCAAGGACAUUCUCUGUCCUUCCCCGAUUUUUCUUCCUGUUGUACUUCUCUCUCAUGUCUCCCCGUCACUUGCUACGCUCUCCUAUUCUGAGGCAGAAGAGGAGGCUCAAGGAGGUCUCUGUGUUUUGCAGGCCUGGCAGCCACAGGGACGAGACCCGGGUGGACGCCGUGUGCAGCUACAGCAAGGAGCCCUCGGCUGCGCCGCUGGACAGGGUGGGGCUGUACCACCAAGUGAGCAACAAGACCAGAGGCAUCACCCAGCUGGGCCCCUACAGCCUGGACAAGGACAGCCUCUACGUCAACGGCUACAACGAGCAGCCAGUUCUGACCACUCCCAGCCAGCCACCAACAACGACAGCUGCUGCCCUUGAGCGUUUCACCGUCAACUUCACCAUCACCAACCUCCCCUACACUUCUGACCUGGAGAAUCCUGACUCGGCCAAGUUCAGAGAUACUCAGAGCAUUAUGAAGACUCUGCUUGACAGCCUCAUGAAGGAAAGCAGCAUUGGCCCCGCCUUCCAUGGAUGUGAGACAACAGAUUUCAGGUAUGAGUGGCCCUCCAGUGCUCCUCUGCAGUGCCCUCACAUACAUAAGAGAACCAGUCAUGGUCAUGUUCUCCUCUUUUAUGGAGCAAGGACAUUCUCUGUCCUUCCCCGAUUUUUCUUCCUGUUGUACUUCUCUCUCAUGUCUCCCCGUCACUUGCUACGCUCUCCUAUUCUGAGGCAGAAGAGGAGGCUCAAGGAGGUCUCUGUGUUUUGCAGGCCUGGCAGCCACAGGGACGAGACCCGGGUGGACGCCGUGUGCAGCUACAGCAAGGAGCCCUCGGCUGCGCCGCUGGACAGGGUGGGGCUGUACCACCAAGUGAGCAACAAGACCAGAGGCAUCACCCAGCUGGGCCCCUACAGCCUGGACAAGGACAGCCUCUACGUCAACGGUGACCGGCGCUCCUCCCUCGGCCUCCUCUGCUCUCCCAUGGCAGCCCUGCCCCAGAGCUGCCCCCAGCCAGUUCUGACCACUCCCAGCCAGCCACCAACAACGACAGCUGCUGCCCUUGAGCGUUUCACCGUCAACUUCACCAUCACCAACCUCCCCUACACUUCUGACCUGGAGAAUCCUGACUCGGCCAAGUUCAGAGAUACUCAGAGCAUUAUGAAGACUCUGCUUGACAGCCUCAUGAAGGAAAGCAGCAUUGGCCCCGCCUUCCAUGGAUGUGAGACAACAGAUUUCAGGCCUGGCAGCCACAGGGACGAGACCCGGGUGGAUGCCGUGUGCAGCUACAGCAAGGAGCCCUCGGCUGCGCCGCUGGACAGGGUGGGGCUGUACCACCAAGUGAGCAACAAGACCAGAGGCAUCACCCAGCUGGGCCCCUACAGCCUGGACAAGGACAGCCUCUACGUCAACGGCUACAACGAGCAGCCAGUGCUGACCACUCCCAGCCAGCCACCAACAACGACAGCUGCUGCCCUUGAGCGUUUCACCGUCAACUUCACCAUCACCAACCUCCCCUACACUUCUGACCUGGAGAAUCCUGACUCGGCCAAGUUCAGAGAUACUCAGAGCAUUAUGAAGACUCUGCUUGACAGCCUCAUGAAGGAAAGCAGCAUUGGCCCCGCCUUCCAUGGAUGUGAGACAACAGAUUUCAGGCCUGGCAGCCACAGGGACGAGACCCGGGUGGACGCCGUGUGCAGCUACAGCAAGGAGCCCUCGGCUGCGCCGCUGGACAGGGUGGGGCUGUACCACCAAGUGAGCAACAAGACCAGAGGCAUCACCCAGCUGGGCCCCUACAGCCUGGACAAGGACAGCCUCUACGUCAACGGUGACCGGCGCUCCUCCCUCGGCCUCCUCUGCUCUCCCAUGGCAGCCCUGCCCCAGAGCUGCCCCCAGCCAGUGCUGACCACUCCCAGCCAGCCACCAACAACGACAGCUGCUGCCCUUGAGCGUUUCACCGUCAACUUCACCAUCACCAACCUCCCCUACACUUCUGACCUGGAGAAUCCUGACUCGGCCAAGUUCAGAGCUACAAAAAGGGUUAUGAACAUGAUGGGAAACCUCUUUCCUUGGCAGCUGGACCGCCUGCUGAAGGAAAGCAGCAUUGGCCCUGUUUUCCAAGGAUGUGAAACAACUGACUUCAGGCCUGGCAGCCACAGGGACGAGACCCGGGUGGACGCCGUGUGCAGCUACAGCAAGGAGCCCUCGGCUGCGCCUCUGGACAGGGUGGGGCUGUACCACCAAGUGAGCAACAAGACCAGAGGCAUCACCCAGCUGGGCCCCUACAGCCUGGACAAGGACAGCCUCUACGUCAACGGCUACAACGAGCAGCCAGUUCUGACCACUCCCAGCCAGCCACCAACAACGACAGCUGCUGCCCUUGAGCGUUUCACCGUCAACUUCACCAUCACCAACCUCCCCUACACUUCUGACCUGGAGAAUCCUGACUCGGCCAAGUUCAGAGCUACAAAAAGGGUUAUGAACAUGCUGCUGGACCGCCUGCUGAAGGAAAGCAGCAUUGGCCCUGUUUUCCAUGGAUGUGAAGCAGCAGACUUCAGGCCUGGCAGCCACAGGGACGAGACCCGGGUGGACGCCGUGUGCAGCUACAGCAAGGAGCCCUCGGCUGCGCCGCUGGACAGGGUGGGGCUGUACCACCAAGUGAGCAACAAGACCAGAGGCAUCACCCAGCUGGGCCCCUACAGCCUGGACAAGGACAGCCUCUACGUCAACGGUGACCGGCGCUCCUCCCUCGGCCUCCUCUGCUCUCCCAUGGCAGCCCUGCCCCAGAGCUGCCCCGGCAGAGGACUCUUGGGCCUGGUGCUUGAAACCCUGGGGACAACUCCCAGCCAGCCACCAACAACGACAGCUGCUGCCCUUGAGCGUUUCACCGUCAACUUCACCGUCACCAACCUCCCCUACACUUCUGACCUGGAGAAUCCUGACUCGGCCAAGUUCAGAGAUACUCAGAGCAUUAUGAAGACUCUGAGGCAGAAGAGGAGGCUCAAGGAGGUCUCCGUGUUUUGCAGGCCUGGCAGCCACAGGGACGAGACCCGGGUGGACGCCGUGUGCAGCUACAGCAAGGAGCCCUCGGCUGCGCCUCUGGACAGGGUGGGGCUGUACCACCAAGUGAGCAACAAGACCAGAGGCAUCACCCAGCUGGGCCCCUACAGCCUGGACAAGGACAGCCUCUACGUCAACGGCUACAACGAGCAGCCAGUGCUGACCACUCCCACCCAGCCACCAACAACGACAGCUGCUGCCCUUGAGCGUUUCACCGUCAACUUCACCAUCACCAACCUCCCCUACACUUCUGACCUGGAGAAUCCUGACUCGGCCAAGUUCAGAGCUACAAAAAGGGUUAUGAACAUGCUGCUGGACCGCCUGCUGAAGGAAAGCAGCAUUGGCCCUGUUUUCCAUGGAUGUGAAGCAGCAGACUUCAGGCGGGGCAGCCACAGGGACGAGACCCGGGUGGACGCCGUGUGCAGCUACAGCAAGGAGCCCUCGGCUGCGCCUCUGGACAGGGUGGGGCUGUACCACCAAGUGAGCAACAAGACCAGAGGCAUCACCCAGCUGGGCCCCUACAGCCUGGACAAGGACAGCCUCUACGUCAACGGCUACAACGAGCAGCCAGUGCUGACCACUCCCACCCAGCCACCAACAACGACAGCUGCUGCCCUUGAGCGUUUCACCGUCAACUUCACCAUCACCAACCUCCCCUACACUUCUGACCUGGAGAAUCCUGACUCAGCCAAGUUCAGAGAUACUCAGAGCAUUAUGAAGACUCUGCUUGACAGCCUCAUGAAGGAAAGCAGCAUUGGCCCCGCCUUCCAUGGAUGUGAGACAACAGAUUUCAGGCCUGGCAGCCACAGGGACGAGACCCGGGUGGACGCCGUGUGCAGCUACAGCAAGGAGCCCUCGGCUGCGCCGCUGGACAGGGUGGGGCUGUACCACCAAGUGAGCAACAAGACCAGAGGCAUCACCCAGCUGGGCCCCUACAGCCUGGACAAGGACAGCCUCUACGUCAACGGCUACAACGAGCAGCCAGUGCUGACCACUCCCAGCCAGCCACCAACAACGACAGCUGCUGCCCUUGAGCGUUUCACCGUCAACUUCACCAUCACCAACCUCCCCUACACUUCUGACCUGGAGAAUCCUGACUCGGCCAAGUUCAGAGCUACAAAAAGGGUUAUGAACAUGCUGCUGGACCGCCUGCUGAAGGAAAGCAGCAUUGGCCCUGUUUUCCAAGGAUGUGAAACAACUGACUUCAGGCGGGGCAGCCACAGGGACGAGACCCGGGUGGACGCCGUGUGCAGCUACAGCAAGGAGCCCUCGGCUGCGCCUCUGGACAGGGUGGGGCUGUACCACCAAGUGAGCAACAAGACCAGAGGCAUCACCCAGCUGGGCCCCUACAGCCUGGACAAGGACAGCCUCUACGUCAACGGCUACAACGAGCAGCCAGUGCUGACCACUCCCAGCCAGCCACCAACAACGACAGCUGCUGCCCUUGAGCGUUUCACCGUCAACUUCACCAUCACCAACCUCCCCUACACUUCUGACCUGGAGAAUCCUGACUCGGCCAAGUUCAGAGCUACAAAAAGGGUUAUGAACAUGCUGCUGGACCGCCUGCUGAAGGAAAGCAGCAUUGGCCCUGUUUUCCAUGGAUGUGAAGCAGCAGACUUCAGGCCUGGCAGCCACAGGGACGAGACCCGGGUGGACGCCGUGUGCAGCUACAGCAAGGAGCCCUCGGCUGCGCCUCUGGACAGGGUGGGGCUGUACCACCAAAUGAGCAACAAGACCAGAGGCAUCACCCAGCUGGGCCCCUACAGCCUGGACAAGGACAGCCUCUACGUCAACGGUGACCGGCGCUCCUCCCUCGGCCUCCUCUGCUCUCCCAUGGCAGCCCUGCCCCAGAGCUGCCCCGCUACAACGAGCAGCCAGGCAGAGGAGUCUUGGGCCUGGUGCUUGAAACCCUGGGGACAAGUGGGGAUCCUCUCAUCCUUCCUGUUGGGGAGCAGGGCUGACAGGAAGCUUCUGCAAUUGUCCAGCCAGGGCUGUAACAACCAAGACUUUGCCCCUUGUCAUUCCCCAUCUGUGCUUCUUCCAGCUCCCACCCAGCCACCAACAACGACAGCUGCUGCCCUUGAGCGUUUCACCGUCAACUUCACCAUCACCAACCUCCCCUACACUUCUGACCUGGAGAAUCCUGACUCGGCCAAGUUCAGAGCUACAAAAAGGGUUAUGAACAUGCUGCUGGACCGCCUGCUGAAGGAAAGCAGCAUUGGCCCUGUUUUCCAUGGAUGUGAAGCAGCAGACUUCAGGCCUGGCAGCCACAGGGACGAGACCCGGGUGGACGCCGUGUGCAGCUACAGCAAGGAGCCCUCGGCUGCGCCUCUGGACAGGGUGGGGCUGUACCACCAAGUGAGCAACAAGACCAGAGGCAUCACCCAGCUGGGCCCCUACAGCCUGGACAAGGACAGCCUCUACGUCAACGGCUACAACGAGCAGCCAGUGCUGACCACUCCCAGCCAGCCACCAACAACGACAGCUGCUGCCCUUGAGCGUUUCACCGUCAACUUCACCAUCACCAACCUCCCCUACACUUCUGACCUGGAGAAUCCUGACUCGGCCAAGUUCAGAGCUACAAAAAGGGUUAUGAACAUGCUGCUGGACCGCCUGCUGAAGGAAAGCAGCAUUGGCCCUGUUUUCCAAGGAUGUGAAACAAAUGACUUCAGGCCUGGCAGCCACAGGGACGAGACCCGGGUGGACGCCGUGUGCAGCUACAGCAAGGAGCUCUCGGCUGCGCCGCUGGACAGGGUGGGGCUGUACCACCAAGUGAGCAACAAGACCAGAGGCAUCACCCAGCUGGGCCCCUACAGCCUGGACAAGGACAGCCUCUACGUCAACGGCUACAACGAGCAGCCAGUGCUGACCACUCCCAGCCAGCCACCAACAACGACAGCUGCUGCCCUUGAGCGUUUCACCGUCAACUUCACCAUCACCAACCUCCCCUACACUUCUGACCUGGAGAAUCCUGACUCGGCCAAGUUCAGAGCUACAAAAAGGGUUAUGAACAUGCUGCUGGACCGCCUGCUGAAGGAAAGCAGCAUUGGCCCUGUUUUCCAUGGAUGUGAAGCAGCAGACUUCAGGCCUGGCAGCCACAGGGACGAGACCCGGGUGGACGCCGUGUGCAGCUACAGCAAGGAGCCCUCGGCUGCGCCUCUGGACAGGGUGGGGCUGUACCACCAAGUGAGCAACAAGACCAGAGGCAUCACCCAGCUGGGCCCCUACAGCCUGGACAAGGACAGCCUCUACGUCAACGGUCAUCAUGAAGUGCAGCCUGAACUAUCUGCUGAUCAAAGCACCCAACCUCUGGCACCAGCAGUAAAGAACUUCACCCUGAACUUCACAAUAACCAACCUCCAGUUCACUGCAGACCUGCAGAAACCCAGUUCCAGGAGAUUCAAGUCAACAGAAAAAGUCAUGUACCACUACGUUGAUCCUUUACUCCAAAGGAGCAGCAUUGGCCCAGCUUACAUCGGCUGCAAAGUAAUGGCAUUCAGGUCCACGAAGAACAGGGAUGACACAGGAGUAGAUGCCAUGUGCAGCUGUAGGGAUGAGCCUUCAGGUCCCAAAUUCAACAGAACAACUGUUUACCGUGAGCUGAGCAAAAUGACCAAUGGCAUCACCGAGCUGGGACACUACAGCCUCAACAGUCAGAGCCUCUAUGUCAAUGGUUACAAUGAACCUCCUUACAGUCCAUCCUCAGUAAAAACAACCACCACACAAAGCCCAGGAGCAAUCAUGGAGCACUUCACCCUGAACUUCACUGUAACCAACCUCAUGUUCACCACAGACCUGCAGACACCAAAUUCCCGCAAAUUCCGGUCCACUGAGAAAAUAAUGAAACACUACACUGACUCCCUGCUUCAGAAGAGCAGCAUUGGUCCCCAUUUCACUGGCUGCAAUGUGACGGGAUUCAGGCCUGGGAAGAAUAGGGAUAGCACAGGAGUGGACACCCUCUGCAGCUACGGAAAGGGCUCCCAGGUGCCCAAGUUUAACCCAGCUGAGGUUUACCAAGAGCUGAGGAGAAUGACAAAUGGCAUCACCAAGUUGGGAAUCUACAGCCUGGACAACAAGAGCCUCUAUGUCAAUGGUUACAAUGAACCCCUUGAGAGACCCUCCCGGAGCAUCACAGCUGCACCAAAACCAACAUCCAGGAAUUUCACUCUUAACUUCACCUUGACCAACCUCCGCUACACUGCAGACCUGGAUGCCCCAAAUUCCCGCAGAUUCCUUUCCACAGUGAAAGUUAUGAACCACUAUCUUGACCCUCUUUUCAAGAGGAGCAGCAUAAGCUCUGCCUACACAGGAUGUAAAGCCAUGAGAUUCAGGUCUGGGAGGCACAGGGAUGACACAAAAGUGGACGCUGUGUGCAGCUACAAGGGCAAUGCCAGCCUGGCCAGGUUUGACAGAGAAAAGCUUUACCAGGAGCUGAGCACCAUGACAAACAAUGUCACCAAGCUGGGCCACUACAGCCUGGACAGGAGCAGCCUGUAUGUCGAUGAUUUCACCCUCACAGACAGAGCUGCCACCAAAAAGCCUCACUUGACUGCAGUCAAACUGGGUUACAGACUGAGCUUUAGAAUAGUCAAUGAAAACCUCACCAACCCUGAUUCCAAGUCUCCAGAAUACAGAGCAGCAGUAGAAAGCAUCACCAACAAGAUGAAUCACUUGUACCGUCAGAGCGACCUGCGGGAGCAGUUCCUGACCUGCAGGAUCACCGGGCUGAGGCCUGGAUCCAUAGUGGUCAACUGCCAGUGCUUCUUCCAGCCUGACCCCAAAAUCAACAGGGCCGUGGUUGAAAGGACUUUCCAGGACAGGACCUCCAACACCACUGGGCUGUGGCUGGGGAGCAGCUACCAACUGCAGGAAUUCUCCGUGGACACCUUGGAACGCUCAGUUGAGGCAGCAACUCACAAGACACCCCUGGAGUCUGGCAAAGAAAACUUUGGAUUAAAUUUCCGAAUCACCAACCUUCCCUACUCGCCUGAACUGCAGGACUCCAGCUCCCAGGUGUACCAAGAGAACAAAGAGAAGAUUGAGAAAGAGCUCGAGGUAUUCAGGAGCAGCCACCUGAAGGACCAAUUUGUUGGCUGCACUGUGGAGAGCUUUGGGCCUGUCCAUGGCAAAGGACACACAGAGGUUGCCUCAACCUGCAAGUUCACCCUGGAUCCCCUCUCAGGGGCUUUGCAAGAGCAGGAGGUGUUUGAGGAGCUGAAACUCCUGACCCAGGGCUUCACCAGGCUGGGCCCCAGCUACAAGCUGGAGGAGCAGGGUCUGGUGGUGGAAGGUUACUCUCCACUGAAGACAGAUGAAACAGAGUCCAAAAGAUCUGAGCUUCAGUUCUGGGCCAUCAUCCUCAUCUGCCUUUUCACCCUGCUGGGCUUUGUCCUCCUCCUCUUGUUGUGCUUCCUGGUCCUCUCCUGCCUGAGGAGAAAGUCCCACCUGUACCAGGUGCAGCAGGGCCUGUAUGGGCUGUACUUCCCCCACCUGAGCACAGGGAAGGUUCACUGACACCUCAGCUUGGUCUUCCCAGACCUUUUCGUCCACUGAUGAAGGAAAAAUAGCUAUAAAACCUAGAAAAUAUUUCUUUUAUAAAUUAUUUCAGCAUUUUCUCUCACCUUGAGACCAAUCUUUGCACUAUUGCCAUGAUUCUUUCAUACUCCAGGAAACUGCCAACAGUGCAGGUGCUGAGGAAAAUACUUUUUUUUAAGCACUGCAGUGUUUUAUAUAAAUAUAAAUUUUUAUAUAAAUAUUACACAACCAAAGGAAAAUAAAAACUACCAGGAGCUGCAGUUUGCAAAGCCCUUCAGUGUUAACGUCAGUUUUCUGAAAAAGGCUUAAAAUUAUACUAAUUUAGAGAUUUUUGGGGACUGACUGUUGUAGACUUAGAAAUCCCACCUAGAUUUUAGCUUUUUCACCACUGAGCUUGAAAAAUGUAAAUACCUUAAAUUAAUUAUUUCAUCUAUUUAUAAUUAUGACAUUAUGAUGUAAAGAGACCUUGUUAAAUCUGAGUGUGGCACAGCCAGGCUGUGUUUGUUGAGAUUGCUGCUGAUUUCAGUUCAAUAAAUGCCACGUUUUA